UGCUGGGAGUUCUCAUCACUGAUCCCCGUCAUGGCGUCCCGCGUCCUGCUGCAGUGUGUCCGCUCCCUCUCCCGGCCCUCGCUGAGGCUGUCCUCCGCCCACCCGGCCCUCAGGGUCUCUGUGGUCCCCUCAGCAGCGACCCACCGACCCGUCUCCUUCGCCGCAGCUAGCCGGAGGACGCGGUGGCUGGGACAGAGCCCGAUCCCCUCAGUAGGCGUGCAGUGCCGACAGUAUGGAGACCUGCCCCCCCUCACCGUAGACUCCAUCAAAGAGCGCGUCAUGUGCGUCCUGAAGCUCUACGACAAGAUCAACCCUGAGAAGCUGGUGACAACCUCCCACUUCAUGAAAGACCUCGGGCUGGACAGCUUGGACCAGGUGGAGAUCAUCAUGGCCAUGGAGGAUGAGUUUGGCUUUGAAAUCCCCGACGCAGAAGCAGAAAAGUUGAUGAGUCCUGAGGAGAUUGUACAAUACAUCGCAGACAAGAAAGACGUUUAUGAAUAAUUCUGCUGUUCACUGCAGAGAGUUCUCGACCCCGCCGCGACCCCACAGGAAGAAGCAGAUGGGCACCAAACCAUUUCCCCCCAUCCUCCCUGUCAGCUCUUGUUUCCAUGACAGCACCGUCGAUGGCUGCCGGUCUCGUGUCUGACUGUAUUUAAAUGAACAUGUGCUUUUGGAGCUCGGAGACUAAAGAAAUAUUAAACCGUAUACGUCACAGAUGUUUGUUUCUUCUUGCAGCUCCUCCCUGUGGUUCUGAUGUGUAAUUUCUCAUAAAUAGAUGAAUAAAGUCACACGCUGUGAAGA